UUGACAAACGGGAAGUCCAGUGUAGUCACACACACAACUUCUGAUUAAGCCGUCUGGUUUGUCCCGGUUGUGUGUUUGUGGUCCGUGUACCGGUACGGGGCUCUUCAUCCGGACAGAGCAGGUCGGACUCAGCGGAUUCCAGCCCCAGACAAGCUAUGGGCUCCAUGUUUCGCAGUGAGGAGGUCUGCCUGGUGCAGCUCUUCCUCCAGUCUGGUUCAGCCUACAAUUGUGUCAGUGAGCUGGGAGAACUGGGCCUGGUCGAGUUUAGAGAUUUAAAUCCUAACGUGAACGCCUUUCAGAGGAAGUUUGUCGGUGAAGUCAGGAGAUGCGAGGAACUUGAAAAAACCUUUAAUUUCCUGGAGCAGGAGAUCAAUCGGUCCCUGUCGCCGCCCCUGAAGGGUCCUCUCCCUCCUCCAUGCCCGAUGCCUUCAGCCCCUCAGCCUCGUGAGCUCAUCACUAUCGAGGAGGAGAGCGAGAGGCUGGCCAGAGAGCUCAAAGAGGUGUCCAGGAACAGAGACAGCCUUCGAGCUCAGCUGACUCAGCUUUGUCAGUACAGAGGAGUCCUGACCCAAACACACUCUCUCACUGCCUCACAGGUAGCACCACCACCGGUCCUGGAAAACCAUGGCCUUUUUGAUAACCGCCAAGAUGUACACCUCAGUUUUGUGGCAGGAGUGGUCCAUCCUUGGAAGGUGCCCUCAUUUGAGCGGCUGCUGUGGCGGGCGUGUCGCGGUUAUAUCAUCGUUGACUUCAGGGAAAUGGAGGAACGACUCGAACACCCUGAUACGGGGGAAAUGGUGCAAUGGACGGUGUUUCUCAUUUCCUACUGGGGAGAUCAGAUUGGACAGAAAGUGAAGAAGAUCUGUGACUGCUUUCGCACACAGACGUUUGCAUACCCUGAGAGAUCUGUCGAAAGGGAGGAGAUCCUCCAGGGACUUCAAGGCAGAAUUGAAGAUAUCAAAUCUGUGUUGUCACAGACCGAGGCUUUCCUGCAGCAGCUGCUGAUGCAGGCGGUGGCUGUGCUGCCACAGUGGAAGGUGAGGGUGCAGAAGUGUAAGGCCGUCCAGAUGGUGCUGAAUCUCUGCAGCCCUUCGGUCACUGAUAAAUGCCUGAUUGCCGAGGCCUGGUGUCCCGUUGCCAAGCUGCCUGAGCUCCAGAGCGCUCUGAGAGAAGGAGGGAGGAAGAGCGGUAGUGGGGUCGACUCCUUCUACAACCGCCUGCCUUCAUCCACUCCCCCACCUACACUGUUUCCCCUCAACUCUUUCACAGCUGGUUUUCAGAACAUUGUGGACGCUUAUGGAGUAGCAAGCUACCGUGAAGUCAAUCCAGCUGUGUACACCAUUAUCACGUUUCCUUUCUUGUUUGCGGUGAUGUUUGGUGAUGUGGGUCAUGGUUUGCUGAUGUCUCUGGCUGCCCUGUGGAUGGUGCUUGAGGAAAAGGACCCAAAACUGAGGAACAACAACAAUGAGAUCUGGAGAAUGAUGUUCGGAGGACGGUAUCUGAUUCUGCUGAUGGGACUGUUCUCCAUCUACACCGGUGCCAUUUACAACGAGUGUUUCAGCAGAGGCCUCACUGUUUUCAGCUCAGGGUGGCAUGUUGGCCCCAUGUUUGAGAAGAAUAAGUGGAAUUCAUCAGUCUUGGCAGGGAGCCAGUAUUUAGCCAUGGACCCUAAUGAGACCGGUGUUUUUACCAGCCCUUAUCCAUUUGGCAUCGACCCGGUUUGGGGUCUCGCCAACAACAAGCUGACUUUCCUUAAUUCAUACAAGAUGAAGAUGUCGGUCAUCAUUGGUGUUAUUCACAUGACUUUUGGAGUUUGCUUAUCAUUUUUUAACUUCUGGCACUUUGGCAAAAUAAACAGCAUAUUCUUUGUGCUCAUCCCUGAGCUGUUGUUUAUGCUGUGUCUGUUUGGAUACCUGGUGUUUAUGGUUGUCUUUAAGUGGAUUGCCUACACUCCUGACCAGUCCAGAAUUGCUCCCAGUAUACUUAUCCACUUCAUAGACAUGUUCCUCUUCACAGACAACCCUAGUAACCGUCCCCUCUAUAAAGGACAGAUGAUAGUACAGAAGGUCUUGGUGGUGCUGGCUUUGUGUUCUGUCCCAGUCCUGCUGUUAGGAAACCCCAUCUAUGAAUACGUCACAUUCAGGAAGAGACGGCAUCAAAUGGAUGAAGAAAGGCGUCCACUUGUGGCUGACGACGGCUCCAUCAACACUCGACAAGGGGAGGUGGAGGAAGGGGCGUCUGAGAACGAGGAGUUUGACGCUGCAGAUGUGUUCAUGCACCAAGCCAUCCACACCAUAGAGUACUGCUUGGGCUGCAUCUCGAACACCGCCUCUUACCUCCGACUGUGGGCCCUCAGCUUAGCACACGCACAGCUGUCAGAAGUGUUGUGGGUGAUGGUGAUGAGACUUGCCCUGAAGUGGGAGGGGUAUGUGGGAGCUGUAAUCCUUUCUUUGAUUUUCGCCGUCUUUGCUACAUUGACGGUCGCCAUCCUUCUGGUUAUGGAGGGCCUUUCAGCUUUCCUGCACGCGCUCCGUCUGCACUGGGUGGAAUUUCAAAACAAGUUCUACAGUGGAUCAGGCUACAAGCUGAGCCCAUUUUCCUUUUCUGCUCUGAUAAAUGCAUCAGCUGCUAUUUGAUUGCCAAACAUUCAUCUUGAUCUUAUCGAGUGCUUGGACUGCACAUACUCAUUUAAGAAUGAUCCUGUCUUAACAACGGUAUUGUAUUUUCUAUAGGCAAUGAAAUGGUUUAAUUCACCUGCACAAUGAUCACAACGGUAUAAACGGUUAUUUUUGCAUCAGUAGAAUGAAAACAUUGUUUAUGGAAUGAAAAAUAUAUACUUUUAUACCCCUUUCUAAUCUUCUUUUCACUGUCAGUGUUAUGUACUUUCUAAAUGCCUGCCCAGUAGAUCACAAAAUGGUAAUCAUGUUAAUUUUUAUUUUAUGAAACUUUAGCAUAAACAUCAAUUUGAAAAGGGAAGUGCGUAAUUAAUGCAUAUGUUCAACAUUUUAAGGGAAUGUAUGGUUAUUUAAUUGGUGUAUGUGCUUUAAUUACUCUUGUAAUAUGCACCAAAAGCAGGGAAUUAUCUAAUUAUUUUCAUGAGCCAAAGACACUUUCCUUCAUCUCUUGUCUUCCAAACGCAGGACACAGCAGAUAUUUAUUGUUAGUAAUGGUUUUUAGGUGCCUUAUUGGAACUGAAUGCUUGUUUAUGUGUAAGUUUUUGGGUCAUAUGAUAAAUAUUGCCACACCACAACUAGACCCUCAUCUCUUAUUUUCUGCCGGUUUGCACUGUCAAUUUGAUCAAUUUUGAACUAAAAUUAAAUGGUUUUCUUCUUUAAAAUUUGUGUGAAGUCAUU